AUGCGAUUCUCCGCGACAACCCUCCUAGUCACGGCGUUAGGAUGGAUCACCGCUGUGACCGCACACAACAUCCAGCUCCGGGCUCAUUCGCGAGAAUGCUUCCACGAGUCACUUCACAAAGAUGAUAAAAUGACGGUUACGUUCCAAGUUGGGGACCGAGAGUUUGGAGGUAGUGGAAAUUUGGAGAUUGAUUUCUGGGUUGAGGACCCGUCGAAUAACCGUCAAUAUUAUAAGCAAGCUGUCUCGUCCGAAGAUUACACGUUUACCGCGAAAACCGAUGGGAAGUACGUCUACUGCUUUAGCAACGAGGGAUGGACCUCCAACUCCAAGGAAGUGUCGUUCAAUGUUCACGGGAUUGUGUACGUGCCGGAGUCGGAGAUGGAGCAGGAUCCGUUGGAGGUGGAAGUGCGUCAUCUUUCGGAGCUAUUGGCCCAAGUUAAGGAUGAGCAGUCAUACAUUGUCGUGAGAGAACGUGUGCAUCGGAACACGGCUGAGAGCACUAACGCCCGUGUGAAGUGGUGGAGUAUUUUCCAGCUGGCGGUGCUCAUCGGCGAAGGAAUCUUCCAGGUGUGGUGGUUGAAGAGAUUUUUCGAGGUCAAGCGUGUUGUCUAA